AUGGGACGCCUCGCCACCAAAAUCGCUGCCGCCGUCACCGAUGCAGACAACCUCCCAUCGUCGCAGAAGCUGCCUAGGGUGUCCUUCAUUGAUGCGCUGCUUCCGCGCUCAUACAUCAAUCUGGGCUCACCGAGAAAAGAGCAAGAGCCAUUAGACAGAAGCCCCAGCCAGAAGAGCUAUGUCACGUACUACGACAUCAAAAAGGAUAAGCAUGGCAGGAAAAGCAUUAUUGCUCACAAGUCGCCACUGGGAAGUGCGGUGAACUGCGGUGGUAAACCUGCCAACGAGGGCAAGAAGGACAAGCAAGGAGGAGGCAAGAAGCAGGAUGACAAUGAGAACGGUCAUCAGAAGGACAAUCAGCAGGGCAAGAAGGGUGGCAAAAACAAGCAAGAGAACAAUGGGGGAAAGAAGGAUGAUAACAAGAACGACCAGAAGAAAGGCGAAGGUGGCAACAAGAAUCCACAGAACCGCGAAUGGACUGCUGAAGAACAUGCCAAGCUCAAGGAGUUGUGGGCCGCCAAUACACCCCUCAAGCAGAUCGCCAAAGAGCUCAAGCGUCCACAGAAGCAAUGUGAAGAGCGCUAUAACGAGAUCAGCGGUGGCGGAGGUGACGACACGGCCAAUGACGAGAAGCAAGCUGAUGCUGGCGGCCGAUCAAAGAUGACGAAGGCGCAGAAGAAAGCUGCCAAGAAAGCUGCUAAUGGAGCAGGAGCCGCCGAUGGAAAGGGCGGAACCAAAAAGGACGCAAAGAAAGCUUCCAGCAAAGCCCAAAGUGUUCGCAGUAACGGAGAAGCUCGCUUCACCAUGGGUGAGUGGUUGACGCUGCAGGAGGAUGAUCUCUUCUCCUUCGGCGAACUGCAGUGUCUGAGCGAGAUCAUCAUGAAAGAUCAGAAGCAGACAUGGGUCAGAAUCGCGGCGAAGUUCUAUGAUCUCACGGGUAGACGUGUGCAUCCGGAUGAUAUUAGAGAGAAGUUUGAGGGUAUGGCUGGGAUGUACUGA